AUGGCUACCUCAGACACGAGCUCUACUGCCACAUCCCCGACGAAUGCCGCCGUCGUCACCGGGCCUGUCGUCACCACCGAAAACAGCACCUUUUCCAGGCUUGGCCAUGCGCUUUCCCUAGUUCAGCAGAUCGAGGCGCUUGGGGAGGACCCUCCAGCGUCAAUCGUCCCCGAGCAAUGGCCUGUUGUGACCUGCAAGAAGGACCUCAAUAUUAGCGAGAUGUUGAGCCGCAACAAGAACAAAAAGUCGACGGCCGUGGUUCCAAGAACCCAAGGGGAGCGCUUUCGUUACCUCCUUGUUUGUUGGAUGGCUACGGCAAACAUUCCGUUCGCCGCGGUGGAAAACAAGUAUUACCGUCAAAUACUACAGCUCUUCAACGCUCCAUUAACUGACGCCCUUCUUCCAAAAGGGGGGGAUACAACAAGAAGCUGGCUCACAAGUAUGUAUCACGAUCUUCUUGAUUCAAUCAAGAUUAAGCUCAAGGCUUCUCCACAUCAGAAACAUCUCUCUUUCGAUCUGUGGACCUCCUCUCAUGGCCUUGCGCUACUCGCAGUCGUUGUUCAUUACUUUGAGAGCUCUGGAAAUUAUCAAACACACCUCCUGACUCUGUCACGGAUUACGGGGACUCAUGCUGGCGAGAACAUUGCACCUGGUGUUCUAGACGUCAUCAAGGACGUUUUGACCUACAGCCCUGGCCUUGGAUAUUUCCAAACCGACAAUGCAGAUAACAACGAUACGGCAAUGACAAAGGUCCUUUUACACCUCAAUCCAACGCUUUCCCCUGCGCAAGCCAUCGCCCUCAAAUGCAAGGUCCGGGUCCGUUGUUUCGGGCACAUAUUGAACCUUGUUGCUAAGGCCUUCCUUCAAGCAACCAACAAGAAGCUCAUCAAGUCCCUGGCACCGGAAUCCCUGGCACACCACAACGCAGCGGAAGAGGGAAGGCUUCUUCAGGAAUGGCGCAAGUCUGGCCCUAUUGGAAAGCUCCACUUCCUGGUUCAUCACAUUCGCCGCAGUCCUCAACGCCGGGAUCUGUUUUCGGAUAUCGCUAAGGGCAAGUUGACAGAGGAAGAACAGCAAGAAUUCGGCGCUAUUCUAAUCGACAAGGACAUUGCAAAGCUGCAGUUGCGUUCGGACAAUGAGACUCGAUGGCAUUCAGUCUACCACAUGAUCGACCGGGCAAUCAUGUUACGUGAUCCUCUGGAUUAUUUCGUCAACAUCGUGACCAAGAAGGAUCCAGAUAAUAUCACGAGCGAUGACCAGCUUACGCCUUCAGAGUGGGUGGUGCUCAAAGAGAUCCGUUGCAUCUUGGAACCGUUCAAAAUCAUUACAAAGAAGUUUGAGGGCCGGAAACCAAACUUUGCGGACGUCGUAUCACAUGCCUACACCCUGCACAGGAACCUCAACGAACUCUAUCAACAUCGCUUUCGUCAGACCCAGACCCAGAUAUUGAACCCCCAAGUCAACGUGUUGAGCCUCCAAGUCAACGGCGGUCUGGGCGAACAAUCCGGCCUCCAGCUCACUUGGACGACUUUGAAGUUGACCUCCCAGCACUUGGAUAUCGGCCCUCUACCACAGAGCCCCACCCAGCGCCAUCGCCACGCCCUCAACAGCGCGUUGUUCAACUUGGGGGAGGUAAUUGACGAUGAAGUUGAUGAUACUGGGUAUGCCUUUAUCCAAAAGAGUCUCAAACUUGCCAUUGAGAAGCUGGAAAAGUAUCUGGCGAUCAUGGACGCCACCCCAGCUUAUUGGGCGGCAAUGAUACUACUUCCGAACUGUAAGAUGCGGUGGAUCGAGCGUUUUUUUACAGAUGAUCCGCUUAAGUCGUCCGACAUUCAAGCCCGGUUCCGGGUUUUCUUUGACCACAAUUAUCCUCGACCGGCUCCGGAUUCAUCAAACGGGUCCCGGGACCGACCUUCACAUCGCCCGGCGUUUGGGUAUGACUUCUAUGACCCUCCGGAUCGCGUAUCCGUUGAUGAGCUAGAGCAGGAGGAACGCCAGGGAGUGGUGUGA